GGAAAAGCAAAAACAAUCUUUAGCUUCGAAUAACAUGCUUGGAAGUACUUGGUAGUGUUGAUUACUUGUACCCCUGCAUGAAAGCUCCAGCUUAAUCCUUUUCAAACACUUCUCUCGGACCAUGGGGGAAACCGAUGAUGAAAAAUACAGUCAAGCUGGCCAGAUAUUUGAAAACUUUGUACAAGCGACGACGUGCAAAGGUACCAUUCAGGCCUUUAAUAUUCUCACUCGCCAACUUGAAUUAGAUCCUUUGGACAAUAGAAACUUUUACACCAAACUGAAGUCAAGAGUGACCACGUGGAAGGCCAAAGCUUUGUGGAACAAGCUUGAUAAAAGAGCAAGUCACAAAGAGUAUAAACGUGGAAAAUCUUGCAUGAACACUAAGUGUUUAAUUAUUGGAGGUGGCCCCUGUGGCUUGCGGACUGCCAUAGAACUUGCUUUCCUGGGAGCCAAAGUUGUUAUUGUGGAGAAGCGGGACACUUUUUCAAGAAACAAUGUGUUGCAUCUCUGGCCAUUUACAAUCCACGAUCUCCGGGGACUGGGAGCAAAAAAAUUUUAUGGAAAAUUCUGUGCAGGAUCUAUUGAUCACAUCAGUAUUCGACAACUUCAACUUAUCCUCUUCAAAGUUGCGCUUAUACUAGGAGUUGAAAUCCAUGUGAAUAUAGAAUUCGUGAAAGUCCUGGAACCUCCUGAAGAUCAAGAAAACCAAAAGAUAGGGUGGAGGGCUGAAUUUCUCCCCGUGGAUCACCCUUUGUCAGAGUAUGAAUUUGAUGUUAUUAUUGGUGCAGAUGGCCGCAGGAACACAUUACAAGGUUUCAGGAGGAAGGAGUUUCGUGGAAAGCUGGCUAUAGCUAUCACUGCCAAUUUUAUAAACAGAAAUACAACUGCAGAAGCCAAGGUAGAAGAAAUUAGUGGUGUUGCUUUCAUCUUCAAUCAGAAGUUCUUCCAGGACCUUAAAGAGGAAACGGGAAUUGACCUGGAGAAUAUUGUUUACUAUAAAGAUAGCACUCAUUAUUUUGUGAUGACAGCAAAAAAGCAGAGUCUUCUGGACAAAGGAGUGAUUAUUAAUGACUAUAUUGAUACUGAGUUGCUCCUCUGCGGGGAAAAUGUGAACCAGAGCAAUUUGCUGUCCUACGCCAGAGAAGCUGCUGACUUUGCAACCAGUUACCAGCUGCCUUCCUUGGAUUUUGCAAUUAAUCACUAUGGGCAACCAGAUGUAGCUAUGUUUGAUUUUACUUCCAUGUAUGCAUCUGAAAAUGCUGCACUAGUGAGAGAGAGGCACAGACAUCAGCUCCUGGUGGCACUUGUUGGAGAUAGUUUGCUUGAGCCCUUCUGGCCAAUGGGUACUGGCUGUGCAAGAGGCUUCUUAGCUGCUUUUGAUACUGCAUGGAUGGUGCGGAGCUGGGCUCAAGGAAAACCCCCGUUAGAAAUCCUUGCUGAACGAGAGAGCAUUUAUCGACUCUUGCCUCAGACUACCCCUGAAAAUAUUAACAAGAACUUUGACCAGUAUACCAUUGACCCAGGAACAAGAUACCCGAACUUGAACUCAAGCUGUGUUCGACCUCACCAGGUGAGACAGUUAUACACUACCAGUGAGUUACAACAAUGUCCUCUUGAAAGAGUAAGCUCCAUUAGAAGAUCAGUGAAUCUCUCAAGACAUGAGUCAGAUAUUCGACCUAACAAGCUUUUGACGUGGUGUCAGAAACAGACAGAAGGGUACCGUAACGUUAACGUCGUAGACCUGACUACCUCCUGGAAAAGUGGCCUUGCGUUGUGUGCAAUUAUCCAUCGCUUCAGACCUGACCUCAUUGACUUUGAGGCUCUGAACGAAGAGGACGUUGUCAAAAACAACCAGCUGGCGUUUGACGUUGCUGAGCAGGAGUUUGGGAUCCCCCCUGUGACCACGGGAAAGGAGGUGGGGUCGGCCGGGGAGCCCGACAAGCUCAGCAUGGUCAUGUACCUCUCCAAGUUUUACGAACUGUUCAGGGGCACACCUCUGCAGGCAGUAGAUGCUGGCGACAAGCAAAAUGGAGAAAAUAAUGAUCUUUGUUCAGCAAAAUCAUCAAACUUCAUCUUUAAUAAUUAUAUCAAUUUAACUUUACCAAGAAAACGAGUACCAAAGGUUGAAGGGAAAACGGAAGAAAAUGAGACUAACAAAAGACGUCGAAAAGGUCUUUUUGGUGUCUUUGAGGAGGCUUCAGGCUUUUCAAACCAAGGGACAAAUGCUGGGAAAGAACAGAGUGAUGGCAGAGAAGGAAUGAACCAGAAUAAAGUUAAAUCAAUGGCAACUCAACUGUUGGCAAAGUUUGAAGAGAAUGCUCCAAAUACAAUUUUUCGGAGGCAGGAGCUAAUAGAUAGACCAGCCCUGCUCUCUUCUGACUCUCCUGUUAAUCCUCGCUUUGCUAAACCUAAGGAUCCAAGUCUUCUUCCACCUCAACCAAAAAGGCAGUUUCAGGUGGUAGCUAGGAGUGAACACGAGGUCAGGGAACCCAAACAGUCUUUAAAUGGUUCUGAUCAUAUGGCCAGGAGAGCAAAGACUGUACAAAAAACAGAUUCCCAGCCCAGUCUGUCAGAAACCUCUGAAAAUCUCGCAUCUGCCUGUUCUGCUGCAUUUGUACUUUCUGGAGUGCUAGAGCGUCUUCAGCACCUGGAGGAAAAAAUGAAACAGAAAAGAGCUCAGACCAUAGCAAAUAGGGAAUUCCAUAAAAAGAACAUUAAAGAGAAAGCAGCACAUCUUGCCUCAAUGUUUGGAUACAUGGAGUUUCCAAAGAAUAAGCUACCUACUAAAGGCUUAUCCCAUUCUCAGCCCCCAACUCUCUCUUGCCCUCCACCUCAUGAUUCAGCUGCUGCCUCUUCUCCAUCAUCUGUCGGUUCAGCUUCCCCUGCUGUUCCUUCUAGACAGGGAUCUCUGCGAAAAGAAUUUCCCCAGUCCAUCGGGGGGAGUGACAUUUGUUAUUUCUGCAAAAAACGGGUAUAUGUUAUGGAGCGCCUGAGUGCAGAAGGCCACUUCUUUCAUAGGGAGUGCUUCAAGUGUGAAAUAUGUUCUACAACACUCCGUUUAGGAAUUUAUGCCUUUGAUGUUGAAGAAGGCAAAUUUUACUGUAAACCUCAUUUUACGCACUGCAAAAUCAGUACUAAACACAGAAAGAGAAGAGCGACAUUACAGCUCCAGGGAAAGGAGGCAACAGAAGCAUGGAAGAAAGAGGAACCCAAACCUGCAGAGACCACCACAGAAAGCACUUUGUCUACUGCUAGCAGUCCAGAGGACAGGUCCCCAGGUAUCCUGACUUCCUUCUUUAGGGGCACGCUAAGCUGGCCCCUUCGGGUGACAAGGGAUCUGCUUGACAUUCCCAGACGCCUGUCUAACUGGAUGCAUGGUUUUCUGCACGCUACCAAUCUUCAUUUCAGGGACAAUGCAUAUAACUAUACCUACUUGUAUGAACUCUUGAGCCUUGGUGUGCCAUUCCUCUGUGCUCUUCUAGAGGUACUUACUCAUAUGUACCGGGAAGCAGAGCUAUCACUUGAAAAUGUGCUUGAAUGGGUGAAAAAAUUCUAUAGGGUUUAAAGUCUUCUACAUAUCUUGCUCAGUUGUGCCUUUCAGAUUUUCAAAAUUAACAGCCUCACUGUUUUCUUGAGGUUUUUUGUUUGGUUGGGUUUUUUACUUUUCAUGCAAUUUCAUGUGUGACUUAAAUGAACGGUGGAUUCCUUCUGAUAUAAACGAGGUGCAAUCAACAUUUUCAAUAUAAUAUGUACUGUAUGUUAGAGCAUGAAGGGCAAUGUCCAGACACAUUUCCAGAACACGGAGACAGAUGAAGGAUAUUUUGUAGAUUCCCCCUCACCCCCCAGUUUUGUCCUGUGAUCAGACCAUUGGGGGGAUGGUACAUUUUAAAACCAUUCUUCUCCCUGUGUCAUUCCCCGCCCCCCCCACCUUUUUUUUGUUAGUCCAAGAAAGAAUGUAUGUUCUUUCAGACGUUUGGGAAAUAUUUAUGACAAAUGACUGGGUUUUGAAACCUGAAUGUGGCGCAUACCUUUUUUUGUCUUGCUUUCAUCUUUGCUCUGGGUUAUGAGGUUUAUAACUUGCAUGACUAUGUUUAAAAAAAAAAUAAUCAUGUACUUAAUUCACAUUGCUCCUAGUCGUGCCUUUUACAUUUCUUACAUGUGGUAGAUACCCUUUGUUGAUAGUGGGUAUAAUAUGUACUACUAAUUUAUUUAAAGUUUUGAAAUAAAUUUGAAGAGCAAAUCUUAGUUGGGUGAAGGCUUGAUUGAAACUGUAAGUCAAAGGAACUGGUAGUGUUAAUUAGACCUGACUUAUUUCUCAGGUCGAGGCUUCCUCAUUAGGUGGCUGAUUCGAGGAAUAACAAUUUAUGGAGCACUCAUCUGUAACUGAAAUCACUGCUGUUGUGCCUCUGGGUAGGCACUGCUCCUAUUGUCUUUUGGAAUUUUUAAAAAAUAGAAGUUCAGAACAAACAACAAAGACCUACAAAUGUAUUCUAAGGAGAUUACUUCUUGGGUAUUUCAUUCAUUUUGAUGUAUAAAGCUGAUGGCAGAAAGGUGAAAUUUUAUUAUCUGGAGCAGCUGUUAGGUAAAAUUCUUUCAGAUGUCUCUCAACAAGGUCUACCUUAAUCAGAAGGUAUUGGGACAGGCUAAAUAAGCUAUUUAAUGGCAAGGAGACACCAACAUCCCAAAUUCUGAUUUACUUUCAGCCUAGUUAGUCAGUGAGGUAAGUGUGCUCCCUGCCUCUCAAAUACUUAAAUGUUUAAAUUCAGAAGUUAACCAUGAAAUAGGUAAAUACAUAACAUGGUAAUAUGUAUAGUCUAAAAUUAAAAGCAUCUGUAGCAUUUAUUUCUAGCCAAAAGAAUGUGGCUUAAAUAAUAGGAAAUAAUGUCGCAUUCAGUUAGUACCAAAGUUGAGGAUCACCUUCCAGUGGUCUUAAAUGACUGCGCUGCUUAUGGGCUGGCAGGUUUUUGAUUUUUUUUUUAAUUUUUUUUUAACAUAAUGUGGGAAGAGAUUAUUUGAAUUGUUUUGUUACUUAGGUAUUAAAAGGAAAUGUGUCUCUGUUUAAAAUAAAUGACAAACUGGAUUUUUCUUCUAGAUAGUUUGACUUUUUUUAAACUACGACGAUAAAGCUUUUCACAUUUUAGAGUGCUUAUGUAUUUGGGGAAGAAAUUGUUAAGUAUAUGCACAGAACUUGAAAAAGUGCUUGAAGAAAAUAGGUAUAAGGUGGCAUUCAUUUGAAAUAAAUUGCCAUUACUGCUCAAACAUAUAUUCAGCAAAACUUUGCUAGAAUAUUGACUGGACACAGCGACAGUUACAGUAACAUGGGGGACAUCUGUAUA